UGGAAACGGCCCCAACUCAAGCGGCCUCCCGACACCACCGAGCCGGGGACGGCCUCCGAAAACAGACGUGUGCGAGGAGUGGGGGCAGAGCUCCUGAAGAGAAAAGGAACCGCAGCCAACUUUCACCUCCAACUCCCGCCAGGGGAACACCUUCAGGAGCCCCAAUCUUCCAUUCCGAGGAGACCCGGAACAAGAUGGCGGCGCGUCACGUGGGCGACGCGGUGACGUGAGACGGCGGCCCGCGCGGAGGGAGCGCCUUAACCUCACCCCCCACGCUCACUUACUCAGUUUUGCCCCCCCUUCCCUCCCCCGCCCCCGGCCUGGUGUAGAUCAUGCCGCUAGUGGCGGCCCUGACUGCCGAGGAAACGGUAGCCUAGGACGGUUGGCUGUUGAGUGACACAGGUUCUCCCCGCCCCGCCUGACCCCCGAGAAAGAGGCACGUCCCCCGCUGCGUGAGGGGGUGGGGAAGUGGGCUGUGAAUUCGGAUCCACCUGGGAGGGGGGAGUGGAAGUUCCCGCCCCGGACAGCGGCUAGGCAGCAGCCACAGUUGAUUAUGGAAGAUUCCCACAAGAGUAACACUUCAGAGACAGCACCUCAACCUGGGUCAGCAGUUCAAGGAGCUCAUAUUUCUCAGAUUGCUCAACAGAUGUCAUUAAGAGGAUCUGCGCCAGUGACAAUUGUACCUCUUCCUGGAGAGCAAGUACAGGUUCAGGGGGUCAUCCAGACAGCUCAGUCUUCUGUAAUUCACCCACCACACGUGCAAACGGUAUCGUCUUUAUCAGAAAGUGAGGAGUCGCAGGACUCAUCUGACAGUAUAGGCUCCUCACAGAAAGCCCACGGGAUUCUAGCACGGCGCCCAUCUUACAGAAAAAUUUUGAAAGACCUAUCUUCUGAAGACACACGGGGCAGAAAAGGAGACGGAGAAAACCCUGGAGUUUCUGCUGUUACUUCUAUGUCUGUUCCAACUCCCAUCUAUCAGACUAGCACUGGACAGUACAUUGCCAUUGCCCCAAAUGGAGCCUUACAGCUGGCCAGUCCAGGCACAGAUGGAGUACAGGGACUUCAGACAUUAACCAUGACAAAUUCAGGCAGUACUCAGCAAGGUACAACAAUUCUCCAGUAUGCACAGACCUCUGAUGGACAGCAAAUACUUGUGCCCAGCAACCAGGUGGUUGUACAAACUGCAUCAGGAGAUAUGCAGACAUACCAGAUCCGUACCACACCUUCAGCUACUUCGCUGCCACAAACUGUGGUGAUGACAUCUCCUGUGACUCUUACAUCUCAGACAACUAAGACAGAUGACCCCCAAUUGAAAAGAGAAAUAAGGCUGAUGAAAAACAGAGAAGCUGCUCGAGAAUGUCGCAGAAAGAAGAAAGAAUAUGUGAAAUGUCUGGAAAAUCGAGUUGCAGUCCUGGAAAAUCAAAAUAAAACUCUAAUAGAAGAGUUAAAAACUUUGAAGGAUCUUUAUUCCCAUAAAAGUGUUUGAUUCUUAAGACAGAAAAUAUUUUUGUGGACUUGCCUAAAAAUUAGAUGGAUUUCUUUUUAGUGAAGUUUUAUAAAUUAAAAGGUCAAAAAUGAAGCUUUUUAUUUAGGCUUUUGCAACUCAAAGAUAUCUUAUGCAAGAGAUCUGGUGACAGAGGAUAAAGUGGAAAAUGACCUCAAGGAAGUUACUGGCACAACUGGAAGCUCUGUACAAAUUAAACAUACUCAAGAAGCAGGAAGUGAACUUUCACCAAUUUGAAUUUUCUAAGUAACAAGAGUUGUCAGUAAUCCAAAAAUGGCAGAUAAGAUGAAAUUUGGUAAAUUGAAUUUUUAAAAAUAAAUCAGUUUACCCUAUAGGUUUGCAUUUCUUACUGUUUCCUAAAAUUUACCUUUUUCAGUUGUGUGUGUGUGUGUAUUUUAUUUCUGCCAAUAAAUUCUAAAUUACAAAUAUAAAAGAAAAGCUAAUACAUAACAAUGUAUAAAUUAUGUGUUCUGAUUAUGUAUACUUGUUCUAUUGUCAGGUCUUUUAAAUGGGUUUUUAAAAGUUUGUUUAUUGGACUUGAGAGGGUUUUUGAGACUGGGUUAACUAUUUUUGAGGCCUUGUCCUAAAAGGCAUCUAAGGUACAUGAAUGGAGUGUGGUGAUUUUGUAACAUUUUUUAUCAGAAUGGAAAGAGAAUUGUUUAAAAGUUUGAUACUUUUAAAUAGUUUGUUUUUUGGUUAAUCUGGGAGUGGUGAUUUUCUACAGAUAUAUAAUAAAUUGGUUUUUGAUUCUAUAAUUCUGUAUGCAGUUGAAUAUACCUUACUUAUUCUUUUGUGCUUUAAUAGAAUGGAAUGUUUACAGGCCCUUGAGAUGAUAUUAGAGUAUUUUUCAAAAACCUUCUGAAAAGAUGGACACCAAAGCUUCCAAGAGGAUUUUAUAAUCGACUUAAUGUAAGGUUUAUCAGAUUCUAAAAUAGUACAGUUAAGGCAGUUUUACGUUAGAGACUAUUUUGUAAUGUAGUAAAUGGUACAUUUAUAAGAAAAGUGACCGCCAAUAUAUUUUUAUAGCUAAUCUUUAUAAAUUCUAAAGUUGAGUUUUUAAUGAUUAUUUUAAAUGUUUAUAUAGUUUUAGUAAAAUAAUAUUUUGCAUCUUAAAGUAUGAUUUUUAUAUUAUGGGAAGUGAAGUUUUCAGAUUGGCUAACAUUUGAAUUGUAAGUUUUGUAUGCAGUUUAUCCAAAGUUCAAAAAUGCUGUCAGUACACCAGUGUUUAACCUCUGUAUCCCAAUUUGUAUACACUUUGAAAUUGUACUGCAAAACUAUUGUGCUCAUCUUAUACAAUAUGUAUCAUAUUGUUGUCUAUGAAAUUAAAGAACAUUUGAUAAAAUUAAGUUUGCUGAAUGUAAAAUAUAUUGCUUGAUAAUGAAUGACAAACUUCCUCUUAGCCAUUCUGUUAAUUAUACUAACUAUAAUGCAUUUCUAGUUUUAAAAUGAGAAUAAAUUUACAGUUUUGUUCUACACGACCUAUUUUAAGAG